GCACUGCAUUUCUACGCCAUCAAAUGGUCGAAAGAUAGGGAUUUCCCUUACUCAGCCUCGUACUUGAGUCCGAGGGAGACUUCUGGGCCGCGGGUUCCAAUUUGUCGAAUCCGCCUUAGGCCGCAAGUAAGGGUACCGGAUUUCGUGAUGCGCCGCAAUCUCUCUUGUACCACCUCUGCGGCAUUAUGCAGCCUGAUUAGAGGUUCUCUCCAUGUGGCACAAGCGGCGCUGCCUCAGGAUCUUGGUCUUCAGAUACAAUAGAUUUCCACGGUGGGUGAAUUCGACCCACGAUUCGCUUGUAGAGAGUUUGCGGGAAGGGAAUAAUAGGCGCCCCUCUCUCGACCACACACUCGGGACGCCUAUCUCUUCCUUCCCUCUGCGACCACCGGAGACUCCGAGCUGGACUAGAUUGCGACAUUCAGUGCAGUGCAAGCCUGUACCACUGGAUCGAAGAGAGGAGCCACCCUGAGGCUGUGUGCGGUGCUUCCACCUGUCCCCUUACCGUGGCUACCUUCCAUGUCAUCGCAAGACUGGCUAGCAUUCGUAAAUUCUGGUGUGUAUCAUUGCUUGAAUUCUCCUGCCGAUAACGUAACAAUGGGGUCUCUGACUCUGGGAGCUCCGGUAUUUCCCAUAGUGCAUGCCUUGGGCUCCGUAAACUGGGUCCCUGUUUGAUGAGCUUGAAACUUCUUAACACGGUGGAGUCGAACCCUGACGGCGCCAAAGAGAAGCUCGAGGGUCACAGCCAAAGGUGCUCGGUCACUCCUCAGUUAGCGCUGAACGAGGGAUUGCUGUUUCAAAACCGUCAUAUAAACAAAUAGCGCCAGGAGAAUAUGAGCCAUUCAGUGCAGGAGCGCAAUGUGGCUGUAAUUCCUGCGUG